AUUUUGAAGAAGAGAGAGAACUGAAAAUAAGAGCAAUCAAAUAUUGUUUUAUAUAUCUGACCAUCUCCGUUGCCGGAAAAUGAAUUGUCCGGCCAUCUGUAUCGGAUCUGUACCUUGCAAACACAAUGUUAAUGUGUCCUUUCAUCACCGCCACUUUUUUCAUGAAAAACCGUUCUCGAAAUCUCUGAAUUUCUAAUUUCCAUUUACUUUUUUUUUUGUGUUUUAUAGAUUAUUAAAUGAUAGUGUUUUUCUUUGUGUGUUUGUUGGAACUGAUUGUGAUCGGAUGAUUCGAGGUUGAGAUUAGUGCACAGAAACUGAACUUUUUUUCUGUAAUUUUAGUGGAUAAGUUUUUAGCAGUGGUAAGAUCUUAAUAAUUUAACUGACAGAAGGGCAGAGCGUAAUUAGGCCUGACAGUAGAGUUUUCUCAAAGAAGAAAAAAAAAAAAUGCCUUUCCCUAUGAGGAUCCAGCCGAUCGACUCCAUCCCAAGCGACGCCGUGAAGCCACCGGUACUCAGAUCUCGCCUGAGGCGGCUCUUCGACCGCCCCUUCAACGGCGUCCUCAAAACCUCGUCGGCGGAGAAGACGACCGCCGGCGGCGGCGGCGGCGCGGCUGAGUUCGAGCCGAGCUCUGUCUGCCUUGACAAAAUGGUUCAGAACUUCAUUGAAGGCAGCAGCGAGAAACAAUCGGCGGUGAAAUGCUCCCGGAACCGCUGCAACUGCUUCAACGGCAACAGCAACGACAGCUCCGACGACGAGCUUGAUUUCUUCUCCGACACGCUCACCCCUAAUUCUUCCUUUACCGACCCUUGUGAUACACUCAAGAGCUUGAUUCCGUGCGAGAGCGUGACAGAGAGAAAUCUGCUGGCCGAUACUUGGAGAAUCGUGGAGAAGCACAACAGAAACUGCAAAGGGAAACAUGAAUUGAGAAAAAUCAUCACCGGCGGUCUAAUUGCUCUCGGCUAUGACGCCUCUGUUUGUAAAUCCAAAUGGAAAAAAUCUUCCUCCAUUCCAGCCGGUCAGUACGAGUACACGGAGGUGAUGGUGGAAGAUGAGCGGGUGAUAAUAGACGUUGAUUUCCGGUCGGAGUUCGAGAUUGCCCGGUCCACCAAAGCUUACCAGGCGGUUCUGCAGUGCUUGCCCUACAUAUUUGUGGGGAAAGCCGACCGGCUCGCACAGAUCGUGACCAUCGCCUCGGAGGCCGCCCGGUCCAGUCUGAAGAAGAAGGGGAUGCACGUGGCGCCCUGGCGCAAAGUCGAGUACGUCAAGUCCAAGUGGCUCGGGCCUUACACCCGGGUGGUGGAGGCGACCCGACCCGAAACCGACCCGGAAAGCAGGGAAGUAUCCGCCGGCGAGCUAGAUUUGAUCUUCGGCGACGGAGAUGCUUCGCCGGAGCCGCCGCCGUCCGUGACGUGGCAGUUACCGGCGGUCAGGCCGAGGAGGUCCGGCAGGGGCAAUGAAGCGGUGGUCACCGGCUUGGCCGCUCUGCUCAAGGAAAAGCUCUGAUAAAAGCCGGCAAAAGUUGAAUAAAAUUUUGUCCGUCUGCUCUCUUUUGCAAUGUUUUUACCCUUUCUCUUUGCUUUUUGUUUUUGCCUGGAAGUUUCUCUAACUUCUUUUAUUGUCUUUAAUUAAAAAAUACACAUCCUAAUUAUUACUACAAAAUUAAAUAUAUAGAUCUCCGNAAAAAAGUAGUUAUGAUUGAUGGAGGAGGGAUUU